AAAUGCCUAAACUACUUUCAUGGCCUUGAGCCUGCUUUGGUGGAAUCAACUCCAUUCGUCUGUCCAUCAUUAUAGCAGAUACAUUAAUGGAGUCGGAAGAUAAAACUUUCAUAUUUGAUGAUGUAUCUGAGCACAACAAAAUCGAAGAUUGUUGGGUGAUCAUCUACGGAAAGGUUUAUAAUGUAACACCGUUUAUGGAAAGUCAUCCUGGAGGUGCUGACACUAUCUUAGCCGCAACUCGCAAAGAUGCAACAACUGCUUUCGAGGAAAUUGGGCAUAGCGAAGAAGCUAAGGAAAUGAUGGGCAAAUAUUAUGUCGGUAAGAUUGACCAAUCAACUCUUCCAUCGAAACACUCGAACGUAGAAUCAAUGGCUAAUAAGAUCGCCCCGGCUCCGGACCUUACUCCAAACCCGAGUCCAAACCCAACUUCGAACCUGACUUCAUACAAGACUAAAAACCAUACUUCAACGAUUUCAGACCCGACUCAAGUAUUCUUGGUCAAGAUAUUGAAGUUUCUCGUGCCAUUCAUGAUAUUAGGCUUGGCUUACACAGCCUUACAGUAAAGAGAAAUCAUGUUUGCCUUUUAUGUUUUGCAACCAAUAAAAAUAAAAAUGUUUGUCACAGCAUAACUGGUACGUAAAAACCAUGCAGAAUUAUGCAUGCAUUUACAACUUAAUUUUAGUGUAUAAUAAAAUACUAUAUAAAA